AUGACUGUCUUCAGGAGAAUCAAACGAAUGUACCGAUGUCGACGUUGUUGUGUUCGAUUUGCUGUUCUGAUAGCUACAGCAUUGCUCUGUGCACUUGAAGCUGUAAAAUACAAAAACAGGCUGAAAAUUACAGGUGAGGCUCUUUUUAAAGUGCUUUCUCUGACCACCAAUACCAUGCCAUGAUGGGAUUGAGGUCAUGUCUUCCUUCUAUGUUUUGAAUCUAAACCUUGUAAAUUGAGUCAUUCAGCGUCGAAAUCAGUAAUCUAUCACUAAAGACACAUUUUGAAAACAUUUAUUCUAUAUUCUGAUAUAUAACCGUAAGUUUGUAUUGUAAUACUGACAACUCCAUAAAGAAAAGGUCUUUAUUGUGAUGUGGUCGCUGUAGAUCAGUUUGGAUAACAAUUGGAAUGGUAAUUCUUCUGCGAGUUUCGCUGCUUGCAUCAAGCAUUUAUCGAAUUGUAAAUUCUUUCGAAACGCAUAUCUUUGUUCUUAUCGCAUUACAUGGCGAUUCAUUUAACAUCAUGGGUAUGCUAUUGAAAACAAUAAUAUCCUGGUAAUGCAAGGCUAGUGUAACAGAGAACACGAUGAAUUCUGUCUUCGUGUAGAAGAACCAUCGGAUUCACUGCUGCUUUGAAAGGUCCUCUGUAAUCUCGGCCAGUAACACUGAAAUGUAGUUGCAUAUUUUGAGUGGGCUGCGGAGGGGAUAAGUUUGGGAAAGGCGGUCAGUCCCUUACCUCACACAACCAACCAAUCUCCUGACCCUGACCCUGUAAAACUGGGAACAGGCCUGGAACACCCUGGAGCACCCUCGGAAAUUCCCGGAAAACCCCUGGACACCCCCCUGACAGAAUGGACCCCUUUUAAACAAAAAUAAAAGUGAACAUUUGCGUAAAUAAUUUUUUUGUUUUUCUUCUGACAGUUGAAAAGGUGUUGAUGGACCAACACUACUUAGUCUCAUCCCUUUAUAGCUAGGCCCUAACUACAGAGUAUCUCACUGAUAUCUAGGUAAAAUCUAAUUUGUUAGCAACCUUUUCUUUAUAACGAGGGCUAUUAACGAGUAUAUGCUUUGGAGGAUUCUAACACAUGUUCUUUGGCCUUAAAUUGGGAGGUCACGAGGCUAGUAUGUUUCCAGCCUUCCAUGCAGGCGUCUGUAGUAACCCUACAGGGAAAAAAAAUCAGAUUAACUUUGUUAAAUUAGUACACUGGAUUCUUUUGAUUACCGUGGUGUUUUUUUCAAAUCCAGAUAAAUUAUAACAAUAAUAAUUUUAUUGAUACCUAUGCUAACUAAAAAAAAUCCUAUUUAGAAUUAAUCCGCUUAAAAAACUAUUCAGAUUUACAAUUCCUUUCGAUUAUUUAAAAAAGAUUAAUUUUAAUCAGAAAAAAAUCAUUUUAUUUAAAACAGUAUUCGAAUUAAAACAUUUCAUCACUGUUCCAGCUAAGUACAAUAACUUUAUCAUUUUUUUCACAUGUUGUUGGUCAUUUUCAGUUGUUGUGUUGAUUAGCGUGGGUCGUCGUGAGUCGUAUCGCCUCGUUUUAGUAACCAAGUACAGGUUUUUGGUUCUGACAGAAUGAUAAAAAGCAUUUUACGUGGUUUUUUAGAAGUUGUAUAGUAAUAAACACAAAACUUUGCCUGGAAAAACAUUGAUGAGGAGCGAUAACCCAAGCGAGAGAGGGUACGAGCAAUUGACCAAUGUCAAUUGACCGAUGAUCUCUUGGAACACCUUAUCCCGAUAACUCACUGAUAGUCUCCCCCGCGGACGUUCUUUGGGAUUUGUCACGCGUUCCUGCCCCACUGAACGCUUAACGAACCCCUAAGAACGUCUGCGUGGGAGGCUAUCUCACUAAGGGCUUAUACCGUUUUCCGGGUUUAAAAUCACUGUCAUUCCGAUAGUUAUAUUAUUUAUUUAUCACCAAUACAAGCCUGUUUUAUUGUUGUUAUUGUUGUGUUUUGCCCUAGGUUUGCCUAAUAUGGAAAGAAAUGUAUCGUAUCAUCCGCCGACAAUGGAGCCUAAUAAGGACCGUUUUCAUGAAAUUAAAGUGAGUAGUCGGUCUAUUGCAACUGAUUGACUCGCAUGAAGGAUCAACCUUAAUGAGAUAAACAAGGGUUAUCUUUUUGUCUUAUAACUAUUCAGAGACACUGAGGAGAAUGGCUACACCAUUUAUUUGUCUGGAAAACAUUAUUUAUUUUUCUCAAGAGAGGAUAAAGGGGACAGAGAAAGCAUCCCCCAUACACCCCCUAUUUCAUAGGUAAUUCGUCUCGAGUUAUUUUUAAGACCACAGAUCCCAAGGGGGAUUAGACAACAACCAAUCACAUAGCGCGAAUGUGUUCCGCGUGGAUGACCCACGCUAAGAGCCACGCGUCCUUCACGAAUUGACGCCGAACAAAAUGGCGGAAGACGCGGACAGCGAUAUUGCUAUUCGUUUUGUCGACGAAAACAACUAAAGAGAGAUUUCUACUAAAGCGGUGUUAGCGAAAUGGAAAUUAAAAAAGAAUCGCCCUUCCUCUCUUGUAUAGAGCUAACAGUACUGCAGGGAAAUCCUUAACACACUGAAUAUUCUCUCAGGAUCAUUUAUAAUUUACAGUUUGAAGAGAGCAAUUUUUGGUUUGAUAUUUAUUCUUUUAUUAGUCUUUUAUUAUUCAACAAAAAUAACACUUGGCGUCCUACUUGCUUUAUUGUACAAGUGACCGGUUUCAAUAGACCGGCGAAAUUUCUCAUUUCAUUAAAACACCGCUGAGGUUACGACAACUUCGAGUUAAACUGAUUGUCAAAGAGUCCAGCGAUUCCCUUUUCCCAGAUGAGCGCCGACUCAUUUCGCUUCAAUAUUCAGAAAUGCUCUCGAUAUCUUUACGCUUUCAUUGCCUUUCGCCCGACAUGUUUUGCACGGCGUUUAGUCAUGCGAAACCUCCACGAAACAUCCACGCAGCGNAAAGCGGUGUUAGCGAAAUGGAAAUUAAAAAAGAAUCGCCCUUCCUCUCUUGUAUAGAGCUAACAGUACUGCAGGGAAAUCCUUAACACACUGAAUAUUCUCUCAGGAUCAUUUAUAAUUUACAGUUUGAAGAGAGCAAUUUUUGGUUUGAUAUUUAUUCUUUUGUUAGUCUUUUAUUAUUCAACAAAAAUAACACUUGGCGUCCUACUUGCUUUAUUGUACAAGUGACCGGUUUCAAUAGACCGGCGAAAUUUCUCAUUUCAUUAAAACACCGCUGAGGUUACGACAACUUCGAGUUAAACUGAUUGUCAAAGAGUCCAGCGAUUCCCUUUUCCCAGAUGAGCGCCGACUCAUUUCGCUUCAAUAUUCAGAAAUGCUCUCGAUAUCUUUACGCUUUCAUUGCCUUUCGCCCGACAUGUUUUGCACGGCGUUUAGUCAUGCGAAACCUCCACGAAACAUCCACGCAGCGCGCGAGUUGACUUUAUCCCGAUUCUAAAAAUAACUCGAGACGAAUUACCUAUGGAAUAGGGUGUGCAUGAGGGAUGUCUUCUCUAUCCCUUUUAUCCUCUCUUGAUUUUUCUGUAGUGCACUUUAACUACGCCAGUGAUCUUAACCAUCAUUGCUCGCACAGUCUUCAUGAAAUUCCAACCUGCUGUAAAAGACGGAGCUGUAGAACAUCCCUAAAUUUCUUUGAUCAGUCAAUUAAAUGAAUUGUAGCUGGCGCCAAAUGUAGAAACACGCAUGUAAAUAAGCCUCGCUUGUUGUUUAUUUUACUUCUGCUUAAUCACUUUCUUUAUUCAAAAACUUACGAAAAGGAAAGAUAAAGACGGAAAACAAAGAAGAUGACAUCUCCUUAGAAACAUGUAAGUGAAUCUAUAUGAACUAUAAAAGAUGACAAAUAAAAGUGGGAGCACAUGAGGACUUUUGUCUUUCAAAUUAUCGCUUAUAUUAAACUGAUGAUUGAUAUUUCUAUUAAUUAUCCUCUUCCCUUAUCACGUGGGACUUUUCAGGGAAAAUAACAAGGUUAAGAGUCCCAACUGGUAGGAGGCGAACCAGUUGGCUAUUUAGAAGCGUGACCGAGGAUUUGAGCUCGGGACCACUGUGAGCAAAUCCUGCUAGCGAUCAGGGCAGGACUUGAACUCGGGGACUCCGGAUUGCAAGGCCAGCGCUGUACUUGUUUGGCUACGCUGCUCUCUUAAAAAUACUAUAUCCGGAAAAGUGAGUCAUUAACGGUGUCGUAAAUAUUGUGUUUGCAGAAAGCGCAAAUUUCGUCUCCUGAAGGCCUGGGUAAGGAUCACGGAAGGGAUGCACUGAUUCAUUUGGAUACGCAAACUGGCAGCAGAAGUGAAGGUGGGUCCUUGAAUGAGGCCAAACAUCAACCUGGAAACAUUGAAAUUAACAAGGACAACUCAAAUAAAAUAUUGAAUCCCAUUCAACAAAACCAAAAUGAACUGAUGGUGAAAGAGGAGCAAAACAAUAGGGACUAUGUAGAAACAAGAAAACAGAUUGAAGAAAUUGUAGGAAUCGAAAUUCAAAAUAUAGGAGACAAGAAGUGGAAAAAAACAGACGACAAUAUGGCUGUGAAGAAAGAUGCUAAAGAGAGAAAAGUAAUGAAAAGAGUCAAUGAUGACACAGGCUUGGUGGUACAACGAAAAACUACCCGGCAAGAAAAAGAAAAAAAUCACAAGGAAGGAAAUGGAUUGCCAGCAAGAGGUAAGUUUCAUUUGAAAGAAAACAAAGAACAUACUGGGAAGGAGAUGUUAGAACAGGGAGAAGAGAAAGAGGUACAUGAUACACUAAGAGCGGAUAUAACUGAAGGUCAUACAGAGAACGAAAGGAAAAAAACUAAAAAGAUAAAACCGGAAAAGAAUUUAACAAUUACGAGAGAAGAUCUUCAACAGAAAAAACAAGGUACUGAUAAGUCGCCGAAAGAUCAAGCUCCUCGCGGAGAUAAAGGGAUUGAGGGCAAAGGUACUGUCGUAAUACAGAAAAAGGAAGCCAAUGAGGGUAUGACUGUUGAAAGUCAUUUAAAGGAAAGAAGGUUGAAAUCAAUAACCGCUGAACACCACGUAAAUAUGACUAAAAAUGAUCAUGGAAAAACUGCUCUCGAAAGAGGAAAUGCCACUUUAAGAGGCCCAGCAAGGUCAUCAGGAAGAAACCACACAAACAGUAAGGAUGAUAUAGUUAGAGGCUCCAUUAAAACCAACUGGAAAGAAUCAGAAAAUGUGAUAAAGAAACCAAAUAACAUUAAUCAACUAAAUAACAUGGAACCCGUAAAAAGGAAAGCAGAUGAAAACAAAACAAAACAUGAGGAUAUUUACGGUGCUAAGACUGAAGUGAGAAGAAACUACGCAAGACGCACUUAUAAAGAUACGGAUGGAAAUGAAGCUAAAAUUGAAAGGAAAGAGACUAGAGGUAAACAAAGAAGUAAUAAAAUAUAUGAUGAAGAGAAUAAUGUAGGAAGG